GCGGCAGCGAAGAAGGAGGCGCCACCCAGGAAGACCAGGGAAGAGCUCGCGGCCAUGCGCGCCGCGCUGGUACCGGACGUGAACCCCGACGCCGAGCCCAGGGACCCGCCGGGCCCGCGGUACUGGCUGAUGAAGUCGGAGCCGGACGUGCGCAUCGAGGAUGGGUACGAGAUCAAGUUCUCCAUUGACGACCUGGCGGCGAAGAAGACGCCCGAGGGGUGGGAAGGGAUCCGCAACUACGUCGCGCGGAAUAACCUGAGGAGCAUGCGUAAAGGCGACAAGGCCUUCUUCUACCACUCCAACUGCAAGGAGCCCGGCGUCGUCGGCAUCAUGAGCAUCGUAAAGGAACACUCGCCAGACUGGAACGCCUGCAUCAACGACAACCCGUACUACGACGCCGCGGCGCCGCACGACGGGAGCAAGUGGAGCCUCGUCCACGUCAAGAUCGAGCACAAGUUCCCGCGCAUCGUGCCGUUGAGCCUCCUCAAGGCGUCCCGGGGCGGCGGCCCGCUGCGGGACAUGGAGCUGCUGCGGCUGGCGCGGCUGAGCGUCACCAAGGUCACGCCGGAGGAGUGGGACGAGGUCGUCCGUAUGGCCCGGGAGCUUGACGAGGACGGCGAGUGGGACGAGACGGUCGAGGCGUCCAAGAAGUUCCCCAACUACACAGCGGCAUGA